UAUAUAUUAACAUUUGAUCAAGAACGAAAAACAUCAGCUCUGUCUUCAUCAUCUUGGUGUGAUGAGCCUUUAGAAAUAAAUGAUAACGACCCUACUAUAGAAGAAAUCGAACCUGCAGAAGAAAUAAUAACAAAAGAAGAAGAAGAAGUGGAAACUAACAGUGCUUCUGAUCUACAAUUCAUCCAACACAGAAUAAGACAUUUGGUGGAGGCAUUCUCUUUUAGAACCCAAAAAGCUCGCCAAAGAAUAGAACAAUCUGCAACACCAUCGUCCAUAAGCAGUCACGAAUCAGUUUUGGUUGUGACGCCAAAAUCAGAAGCGUCAGUUCAACAGAGCACGAUGGAUUUCGAUGACGAUUUCGAUCGUCCAUCGCUCAUGUCACCAUAUUUCGACGGGAACUGCUUCCAAAAAAUCAAAUUUUACAUCGAAUUUAAAGUAAUACAUCCCCAAACGACUUCGUAUGUAGUAUGGAUGUGUAUUGCUGCACUGGCUGUUAUUUAUAACGUAUGGGUGAUACCUUUAAGAAGUAGUUUUCCGUAUCAAACACCCGAUAACAGGGCGGUUUGGAUGUUCUUCGAUUAUCUAGCCGACUUUGUCUAUCUUAUAGACAUUAUAUUAGUUCAACCAAGAAUUAUGUACAUAUGCGACGGAUUCUGGGUUUCGGAUAUCAAGAUGACAAAAAGAAAUUAUAUUCGGAAAGUAGACUUUAAGUUGGAUUUGAUAUCGUUGCUCCCGUUGGAUCUUCUUUAUUUUUACUUUGGACCAGAACUGGUUAUACUACGUCUUCCAAGAUUUCUUAAAGUUAACACAUUCUGGAAAUGUAUAGAAUUAAUAGAUAAAAUAAUUCAUUCUCCUCAUAUUAUCAGAAUAAAGAAAAUUCUGAUGUACAUGAUGUACUUAAUUCACUUGAAUGCUUGCGCCUACUAUGCUUUUUCGGCAUGGGAAGGCAUCGGAAGUAACAGUUUCGUCUAUAACGGAAAAGGAAAUGCAUACAUCGUUUGUUUCUAUUUUGCCACAAAAACGGCAACUUCGAUUGGAAAAAAUCCAAAACCAACGCAGGAAAUCGAAUACAUUUUUAUGACAUUUUCGUGGUUGAUGGGUGUGUUCGUGUUUGCACUUCUCAUCGGUCAAAUAAGGGAUAUAAUUGCUACUGCUACCAGACAACAAUCGGAUUUCAAAAAAUUAGAAGACGAAACUUUGGAGUACAUGCGAAGGCAGAAUUUGCCACAGGAGACACUACGAAGAGUGCAAUUGUGGUUCAACUAUACAUGGCUAACUCAACGAACUUUAGAGGAGAACACAAUUCUGGACUGCCUUCCUCAUAAAAUGAAGACGGACACUGCAAAGAACGUGCACUUCAAGACAUUGAGCAAAGUGAGCCUUUUUAAGGAUUGCGACGAGGGUUUAUUGCAUGAGCUAGUUCUGCAGCUCAAAUCGAUGAUCUACCUCCCUGGGGACAUCAUUUGCAAGAAAGGGGACGUCGGUAACGAAAUGUAUAUUGUCAAAUCUGGGCAGGUCCAGGUCAUCGGUAGAACAGAUGACGAAAUACUAGCCACUCUAUCCGAAGGAUCUGUGUUUGGAGAAAUUAGUCUUUUGGGUAUUAAAGGGAUGAACCGGAGAACUGCGGACGUUAGGUCUCGUGGUUAUUCAAAUCUUUUCGUCCUCAGUAAAAUUGACCUCAACAACGCGUUAACACAUUAUCCCGAAGCUCAAGAAUUGCUCAACAAAAAGGCAAAACAACUGAUGAAACAGAACGAAGCGUUAGAACGUAAAAACAAAGCGAUGAUUGUAAUUAACAAUCCAACUCCUCCGAAUCCAGAACCAAAAUUGUUGGAGACUGUGUUACAACUCGUGCCACGGGACUCAGAAACACAUCGCCUACUUCGUUACGGUUCAAAAAUUCGAGCAAGAAAUCCGGAGAACGACAAGUUCAAAGUGCGGUAUAGUCUUCCGAUUACAACGGAGUGUGUCGAAAUAAAAAAUAACGGAGAGGUGAACUCAAAAAGUGACGAAAAAAGUGGAAAAUUAUUGUCCAGGCAUUCAAUAGCGCAACCGGUUGUCAGAUGAGAAAACCGUUAGAUAAAUGGGUGCACGAAAAUUUUAAACGCCUGUGAAGAGUACACUAUUAAACUAUGAUCUACC